UGUCCCUAGAACCUAAAAUGAGAAAGAAAUCUCCCAGUUAAGGAAAUUCAAGAAAUACAGAUUGGGAACAAAUGCCUUAUCUGCUGGAUGAUCUGUCCGAGAGUCGAGAAUGUGUCAACUGUGGCUCCAUCCAGACCCCUCUGUGGAGAAGGGAUGGCACUGGCAACUAUCUCUGCAAUGCCUGUGGGCUGUACACCAAAAUGAACGGCCUUAGCCGGCCUCUCAUCAAACCCCAGAAGAGAGUGCCUUCUGCAAGACGACUGGGUUUGUCUUGUGCCAACUGUCGCACUACAAACACCACCCUAUGGCGCAGGAAUGCAGAAGGAGAACCCGUAUGCAAUGCCUGUGGCCUGUACAUGAAACUUCAUGGGGUGCCCCGUCCCCUUGCUAUGAAAAAAGAGGGAAUUCAAACCAGGAAACGCAAACCAAAGAACAUAGCUAAGACAAAGUCAUGCUCGGGUAAUAAUAGCAAUAAUGCUGUUCCUAUGACUCCAACUUCCACGUCUUCUACGAACUCAGAUGACUGUAGAAAAAACGCUUCUCCUAGUGCACAAACCACAGCCUCAGGGGCAGUAUCUUCAGUGAUGUCCAGCCGGGGAGAAAGUUCCAGUCCCGAGACAAGCACACUAAAAUAUUCCGGUCAGGAAGGGCUGUAUCCAGGGGUCAGCUUGACCUCCACUGCAGAAGUCACAGCCUCUGUGAGACAGGAUUCUUCCUGGUGUGCCUUGGCUCUGGCAUGAAUUGAUGACAAAUGGAUGGUGCUGGAUAUUUGCACUGGGCAACAGCCAGCUACACUUGUGACAUGUGUCAUUGUUGUUAUCAAGAACCCUGGAAGCAGUGACAAUGUUGAGAGGAUGUCCCUAUCCAGUUGUAUCUGUGCCUUGAUUCUUGGUGUGUUUACUCCCCAGUGAUCUCUGUUUGAUUACCCAGGUCCUCAGCUAUGCAAGAGAAUCCAAACCAUUUCUGCUAGCUCAAUGAAGGAAUGCCUGUCUGCAAUAUUGACAGAUCUUCACCACAACUACCAGUACUGCCUUGGGCAUUUGUGGAUGGUAUAUUCACUUCACUCCCACUCGCCCAGCAUCCACGAUAUGACUGGCAUUGCCCUCAAUCUGUCUCUCUUUCUCUCAAUUCUCUCUUUGGUAGACAAAGUAGGUGAAUCUUGCAUUCUAAAGGAUAGUGCAACACAGAAGAGCUAAACAAUUGUGUGGUUUGUUCCAAUGUGCCUAUAUUGAACCUGCUGGUUUUGAUGUAAACUCCUCUCACAGGUCAAUGUUCCAGCUAGUGCCUUCUGCGCACAACAUGGCCAUAAUUCUAGAUAGAUGUUUUCCCCCCUGAAGCAUACUUCCAAUACAGCCGAAUGAAGGAAACUGCAUUUGGUACAUUUUUGUUAAGUUAGAACUUCUUAAUGAGAACUUGGUAUAAAAGAUUUGCAUUGUUGUUUUGACAUAUACUGUGAUGCAGGAGGAUAGCAUUUGUGUUUUGUGACUGAACUGUACCUAGUCAGUCAGGAUUUGUAAACAGGGUAGCAUUCAGAUCUUUUUCCUUCCCCUUCCAUAUAUACAAUAAUGUUGUUUUUAUAAAAGUGCAAUUUCUGUUGCAGCGAUCAGUGUUAAAUCAUAAACAUAAGAUUUAACAACAGUUUUUAUAUGAAUGAAUGGAAUGAAUGUAAACCUUUUAACUUAAUGGUACGUAAAUAAUUUAAAAGAAAAAAGUUAAGUAGGCAUCUUGGUAGGGUUUUUCUAUUGCAAACAAAAAUGUUCUACUUCUGUGUUUCUGAUUUUUCAAACAAAAAUUUCAAGAACAAAUGUUUUCUCAGGAAAAAAAAACACAAUUGACCCUAUGUGUAUCUCUGGUCAUAAGCUUUUAUAUAUAUAUAAUUAGACAGUCAUCCCCACUAUCUUGCCACUGAAUAAAGUAUGUACUAGAAAAGUAUCCAUUGCAGUGAAACUUUACUACCUGAUGGAUAAAUAUGUAAAUAGUCCAUUUACUGAGGCGGUCUUUUUAAAAUAUUGGAUACAAUCUGUAUAAUGUAACUAACCCGUAGUUAGGUUGGUUUACAUUAAAACAAUAAGAAAGGGAUGUCAUAUGAACAGUUGUCUUCAUCAGAGGUUUGGAAAUAAAAGGAUUAUGUGUUCUUUCUGUACAAAGUGAUUUCUCUUUGGUAUAUUUCAAAGUACAGCAGUAAAACUCUAGAAUAUUUACAUAGUCACUGUCAAAGGAACCAAGUGGGUGUCAAGAGAUUCAGACACAGAAAUAAUGUUAGUGCCCCUUCAUGCAUUGUGAAAUGUCCCAUAUUGAAACUGUUAUGCUAUUAUGCUGCAUUUAUAAUAUUUGUAAGGCAUGUAAUGGAAUCUGCUCAUUUAAGUGCCAUCAUUCUUUCUCAUUGAUAAGUUCAGGGGAAGCAACAUUCCAUCUAUUGGCCAGCUAUAUGUCCGAUAGAGGUUUCAUAAAGCUUGUUAUAAUCUAGAUCUUCACAGAUAAUUUUCUUUUUAGAGGAAUUUUCUAGUGUUCAUCAUGAAGAGAAAGGUAAACCAGGAUGUGGCACUACUGAUUUUGAAAGACUGAAAAACCUAAAGGGUUGUACAAACAACUUCACAUUUAUUCUUACCUUCAAAAUACUGGGUUUGCCUCUGCUGUACUAGGACUCCCAAAGUUCUAAAUAAUGUAACAGGAGAGGACUGUUCCCACAAUCCAACUUAUCUGGAAUAUUGAUUUUCUAAUACAUGCACACCUUAAGGCACCUAAGAAAAAAAAUUAUAUGACUUCUAAAACAGCAUAUCUAGGUAGGUACCCAUUGUGUGUGUAUUAAUUACAUGCUAAUAUGCUUUUUAAAUAAUUUAAAUAUCACAAAUUAAAUGUGGGCCUUCAGUAUAUUGUACAUUUUAAAAGUUGCUUUUCUAUCUAUACACUCUAAAAUCCACAGUUGGGCUACUGGGACUAGCCAAAAUGUCAUAAAAUGGAAUGUAUGCUUUUUUUGUUUUCCAGAACCACCCAUUGGCUUGGUGUACAAAAGCAGGGGAUAUAGAAAGGGUGGGAAAUGUUCAGAAACUAUACAGUAUCUGAAGAACACCCAGUCUUUCUUUGCUGAAGUGUGUGUUAGUCUUUGCUCUGGAAUCAUAGGUAUAAGUAGAACCACAGCAGCUAGAAGUGACUCAUUCAUUCAAUCUGCAUCAUCCAUCUUGUGCUGAAAUGUUACAAGCAGGUCUCAUGGCCACACCAUCUAAUUUUAAACUGUUUUUGUCCUCCACUUCCCCAUGCUUUUCAUAUCACCUAGCAUAAUGAACAGUGCGGUACAAUUCAAUUGCUUGCAUAUUUUGCACCAUUUUGGUUGGUCCUAAUAAAGUUGUGAAUUUCGGAAAGUUAUUCUUCCAUAUA